AUGGAUAAGAGAAAGAGAGGAAUUGAAUCGUACUUCCAAAAACAAAGUGCCCGCAUAGAUGUUGGUGGUUCCCGUUCAUCUAAUCCUGAGGUUCCAGUUCCAACUGUAGAUGCAAUUGAAAAAAGUCCACAACAACUACAAGCAGAAGUCCCUUGUCCAGAACUUCCCCCGCUUAAAAUCACAAAGAUUGGCAAUGAAUCUGAUGAUAUUCAUGUAGAACGUGAUCCAGAAUAUUCACCUUCAGAAAAUGCCGUAUUUUGCUUUCCUUGUUUUCUUUUUGCCAAGAUAGAUGCAAAGUAUGGAGGCAAUGCUUUUGUUGUUGGUGGGUUUCGAACUUGGAAAAGAGUUAACAAUGGGAAAAAAUGUGCUUUUCUAAUCCAUGUAGGAAGUGCUCCCAAUUCUGCACAUAAACACAUUGGCAGAGUUGUUGACAAACAAACAUCGGACUUAGUUAGAAAGAAUAGAUUACGAGUAAAAGCUUCAAUUGAUGUUGCUAAAUUAUGUGCUCUUUUGGGUAUUGCAUUCAGGGGACGUGAUGAGAGUCCUGACUCUCGUAAUCGUGGAAAUUUUUUAGAGAUUUUAAAGUACACAGCUUCUUAUAAUGAAGAGGUAGCUUCAGUGGUAUUAGAAAAUGCUCCUAAAAAUGCUUCAUAUACUUCUCAUUCAAUUCAGAAAGAGAUCUUAUCUGUCUAUGCAAGCAAAAUUCAGAAGUUCAUUCGAGCUGAGAUUGGUGAUGAAAAGUUCUGCAUCAUAGUAGAUGAAUCUCGAGAUGAAUCCAAAAGAGAACAGAUGGCUAUUAUUUUGAGAUUUGUGGAUAAGGAUGGGUUUGUUCGUGAAAGAUUUUUCGACAUAGUUCAUGUGGAAGACACCAAGGCAGCAACUCUGAAAAACAAAAUAAGUGAAGUUCUUUCUUAUCAUAAUCUGAGCAUUCAAAGCAUUCGAGGACAAGGAUACGAUGGUGCUAGUAACAUGAGAGGAGAAUGGCAUGGUUUGGAGGCUCUAUUUUUGAAUGAGUGCCCGUAUGCAUAUUACAUUCAUUGUUUCGCUCAUCGACUACAGCUGAUAUUAGUUGCUACAUCUCAAAAAGUUAUUUCCUAUUGA